UCAGUAGCUGGAAUCCUAGCUACAGGGCCAGGCUUUCCCCUCUUCCCCCCCAGCCAGUGGCAUCAGCGGCAGCGGUUGACAUGAAAAGCAUCCUGGGGGGAAAGCAGGAGUCGCAGGAUGGACAGAGAUUCUGGGCUGCAUGAGGGGGAACUGCAGUGACAGCUACUUCAGCACUGCCAUCCUCACUGGAGACACACACGCACAGGCUGGGGCUGCUGCAUUUGGGGGGACGGCCUCUCCCUCCUGCACAUGCUUCCUUUGCCGCCUCCUUGGUGGAACGCAAAGCGAAUGCCCUUCUGACCAGGGCGGCGGGUGGAAGGCGAGCUGCUGUAGGAGAGGGUCCUGCUAGGAAAGGCAGAUACUGCACAAUGCUGUUGGAAGGACCCAGGGGGCACACAGAGCAGCCGUGGACUUAACCCAGAGGGGAGGAAGCUGGCGCCCUGGCAACUGACCUCUGUGGAGUUUUGCAGGGACUGCACAGUGCUCAGGUGGAGAAUUCUUGUCCUGAGACCGAAAUGAAUGGAGAUUCAUUAAACAAAGGGCUCCAGUCAGUAUUCCGUACCUGGAGACGCAACCAGGGACCUUUCAUUCUUUCGCUGAAAGGGAGACGGUGCCAUUUCCAUUACAGAAAUGCCUGCAAGAACCAGCGCUGAGGAGCUGAAAGCGGAGAAAGCCAGUGAGGGGAGCCGUGUCAGCUGAUCAGCUUUCAAAUCGCCUUCAAACACUCAAUUUUCUUAACAUGAUCCCGCCAUCAAUGGAGUCUCCAGAGCACCCCUUAGGAACGUUAACAGGAGAAGAAUAAAAUGGAGCCAAAUGGUACUGUGAUUUGCUUUGAGAAAUACCUCGUUUUCUUAGCACAAAACGGGAACUGAAAAAUAGACUUUCCAUCCCCUACCCCAGCCCCUUUGGACUUGAUAGAAUUCUAAAAUAUUUUUGUAUGAGUUCAGUAUGCAGUCCCGUUCUGCUUUAGUGGCUACUUAUUGAUCCCAAAAUAAUACCAGAGGAGAAUACUUCAGCAGCUGAACCAGCGCAGCGGGACGGCUGACAAAAGGCCAUUGUCCUGCCUUUCCCACUUAUCUUAUAUCAACUGGUUUUGACCCAAUCAUGUGCACUUGAAGAGAGAGUUGCAAGACUAGGGUUGCUGUCUUUGCUCUGCGACUUCCCACCCAACACAAGGCGAGUAAUGAAGGCGCUAUGGCCAAAUUAUUGGUAAAGUUCCAGCGUUAUUUUAGGCGGAAACCUGUGCGCUUCUUCACUCUGAUCGCGCUGUACCUGACGGCCGGGAGCCUGGUGUUUCUGCACUCUGGGUUUGCGGGGGAGCCCACCAUCUCCGAGAAUCAACCCAACCCCCUGGAUGGCACCAGCGAAGGGACAGCGUUUCAGUACCUGGGGGUGGUUCAGCUCGGGAGGGGGUUCAAGGAGACCCCGGAGGCUCGGAAUUCUGUCCGGAGGUAUGGGCCAUGGUUCAAGAGUGUUUCCAAGGAUACGCCAGAGAGGAACAAAAUGGGGGACUAUGGCGGGGCCUGGAGCAGAGCUCUCAAAGGGAGGAAGGUCCGUGAGAAAGAGGAGGACAGAGCAAAAUACAUUGGCUGCUAUGUGGACAACACUCGCCGACGGGCGCUGCGUGGCGUGUCCUUCUUCGACUACAAAAAGAUGACAGUGUUCCGUUGCCAGGACAACUGUGCCGAACGGGGUUAUUUGUACGCCGGGUUGGAGUUCGGUGCAGAAUGUUACUGUGGACACAAAAUCCAGGCCUUAAAUGUGAGCGAGUCUGAAUGUAACAUGGAGUGCAAGGGAGAGAAGAGCAACAUCUGCGGAGGUGUGAACCGUCUCUCCAUUUACCGGCUGGAGCUGGCCCAGGAGUCCGCCAGGAGAUAUGGCAGCGCGAUAUUCCGCGGAUGCUUCCACCGGCCGGACAACAUCUCCUUAGCUUUGCCUGUGACUGGGGUGAUGCUGAACAUGUCUGUAGACAAGUGUGUGGACUUCUGCACUGAAAAGGAAUACCCGCUGGCAGCCCUGGGGGGGGCCUCCUGCCACUGCGGCUUCCCCACCACGCUCUUCACCCUCCACGAGCGCGAGGACGAGCAGCUGUGCGCCCAGAAGUGCGGCGGCGAGGAGUUCGAGAGCUGCGGCACCACUGAGUACUUCAUCAUGUACCAGACGCAAGUGCAAGACAAUCGUUGUAUGGAUAGAAGGUUUUUACCAGCUCGGUCGAAACAGUUUAUAGCUCUGGCAAGCUUUCCUGGAGCGGGCAACACGUGGGCGCGUCAUCUCAUCGAGCUAGCUACGGGUUUCUACACUGGGAGCUAUUACUUCGAUGGAUCGCUCUACAACAAAGGGUUCAAAGGGGAAAGGGAUCACUGGCGAAGUGGAAGGACAAUCUGCAUCAAAACCCACGAAAGUGGCCAGAAGGAAAUCGAGGCCUUUGAUUCAGCCAUACUGCUCAUCCGGAACCCGUACAAAGCCCUGAUGGCUGAAUUCAAUCGGAAGUACGGCGGUCACAUCGGCUUCGCUUCUCACGCACAUUGGAAAGGCAAAGAAUGGCCAGAGUUCGUCAAAAAUUACGCCCCCUGGUGGGCCACUCACACACUGGACUGGUUGAAGUAUGGCAAAAAUGUCCUUGUGGUGCACUUUGAGGACCUGAAGCGAGAUCUCUUUGUCCAACUGAAGAGGAUGGUGAGUCUCCUGGGCACCAGGGUCUUUGAGGACAGACUCUUGUGUGUCGAGGGCCAAAAAGAUGGAAACUUUAAGCGCUCCGGGCUGAGGAAACUGGAAUAUGACCCCUACACGCCCGAGAUGAGAAAAACGAUCAGCACUUACAUUAAAACUGUGGACAUGGCUCUGAAACUCAGAAACCUCACAGGGGUCCCAGAUGACUAUUAUCCAAGAUGAUGAAGAUAACGCUUGGGGGAACUGACUCUAACCAGAACAGAAAGGCUUGGUUUUCCCAGCCAGUACCUAGUUCCACCCAGUGGGUGGCUUUCUUUGAAUUAUCCAUCUGCUGCUAUUAGCUGUUAAUGAAUUCCCUGCAUGAGAAAAAAGAAUGGUCACCAGUCACCGCUGAGAAGACGCCUUGGCAAACACAUCAACGAGUCUACAUUCUUUGGGGAUUGUGCCGUUGUGAAUUGGCAUUUGCGACAUGAAAACCUUCACCGCUGCUGUCUUUACCGUUUUCUCUCUCCUAUAGUGUGGGGUGUGUUUUGCGUUCUCUGUCAGACUUUACAAAAUGGUGAACAAUGUUCUGAAAUGGCGGGAAGGAGAAGCAGCCUCCGAUUUCCAGUCUGAAAUGGGGCUGAACAGAGACAUGGCAUUUAAAAUUUGAUCUGAUGUUAUUUACAGUGAUCCAUUCAUUCCUAAUAACGUAACUUUAUUUAUAACCUUCCUUGGAGUUUGGGGGUAAUGCUAAUGCUGGAGAUUAACAGUAAAACUCACUGUGCAUUUCCUGGGCCUAAUUCAGCUCGCAGGCCCUGAUCCAACAAGGCACUUUAGCACAUAUUUCGCUGAAGCGCAGCUUCUGAACCUGGGGGUCGCGAACCCUGAGUGUCAGGGGUCACGACCACCUGGAUUUUCUUAGCUCACUAAGUAGGAGGGAAGUCCUGGCCGAAUGAGAUGGGCGUCGGAGGGAGAGGAGUAUGACAGAGGCUGAGAACCACUGACUUCAGGCACCUGCUUACCUGUAAACUGUAAGCACAGGAACAGUCUAAUCCCUUGCUACUCCCUUUCUCAAAGUUAAGCAUGUGCCUAAGUGCUUUGCUGGAUCAGGGCCACGGUUACAUGAGUCUAAAUAUGAGGAACGACACUGGAGUCACUGGAGUUACACUGGCUUAAAGACAAACCAACGUGCCCCAUCCCCCACCUACAUCCCAGCUGUAUUGUCCUCCCCACCUCCUCCUGCAUAAGGCCUUGCACGUCCCGGCUGAUGCUGAUCAUCUCUUUGGCAGCAAAUGCGCCCGGGCCUGGACAGGCUCCUGUGCUGGCUGCUGACAUUCUUGUCACAGAAUCCCAGACAGGGCCAUUAUCUUUAGACAAAUAUUUGCUGCUUCAUCGGUGCAAGGUCACCACACGCCACUUCCAUUUGCCCUCCUCGCAGACGCCAGCUCUCUCCUCUGGCAAGCCAAGGUCUCCCUCGAGUGCUCACAGCUGGUGCUGACAAUCACCCACGGGUGGGGAAGUCGUUACAGGGGCUGCAUAGCACUGAAGCUGUCAGGCUGAUUCGAUCCCCCUGCAUGCUCAUUUGACAUUCGUUGCCUCUGAAAAUUGGAACAGAAAGGAGGAGAGGAAAAAACGAUGCCCCAGAGGGCGAGGUGGAGGUCUGGGUCCUCCAUCCCUGCCCUCCGAAGCGCGGAAGCCAUGAAGCAGGGGUAACGUCACUGUCCUUUGGAGGAUUACAAAUGAGCGAAUGGUGCUGGGGCUGGGCACCAACUGCUAGGGAGCUAUUGAAUUUGGACCUGAGCCUCAUGUCGACCAGAGUCUGGGGUCCCCAGAUUUGAGGUCCCAGUUCAGUGUGUCCAAGCUGUGAAGUCUGGAUCUAGAUCUGAAUCCAAACUCCCUUGAAAUUCCAGGGGGAAGGAUGGUUCAGACCCCAGUGUCUGGAUUGGGCCAAUCUAUGCUUAUCAUGCAUCAGGUACCCAUCUGGAUCGGGCUCCACAGCACAGCAACAGCAGCCGGGAUGCGGCCCUUCGUUAGCUGAAUUGUAAUUGAAACUCUUGCAGCUGAGUAGCUCCUACUCUAGCUGUUCGCAGCCUUUUAAAAAGCCCUUCGUCUCUGGAGAGGCAGCAAGGAGGCUUUCGGAGUCAACAAGAUAAGAGCAGCCCUUCUUACUCAGCCUGCUUGACUCUCCUUCACUCCCACUCCUCCCAAAGCCUGCUGCUCUGCCGAGAAGGGUUGAGCACCCACCUCGGAAAGGAGUUUGCUGUUGCUCCUCCAACCUGUCAUUUGUUCUGCAACAAGGAUGUUGCCCCAUUUUCCAUCGGCUGUUGCCGUGGCCUUGUGCACAAGAGAACGAGGAAAGGGCUGGAGGGGGUUAGGGAAAAAAUCCCGAGGCUGAGCUGUUUAGAUGGCUAAAAUCAGGAACAAAUUACUCCAGCUGGAAACAAUUCAGGACCAUUCCCUGCAACCCACCUCCACCCCCACUCAGACACUCACCCAUGCCCACACCAAGAGGGGGCUGUGACAGACACUCUGUAGCCUCUGAGUUCUUGCUGCCAAAAAAAGGAGUCAAAAACCAAAGGAUUUGUGUGUAUUUCAGUAAGGUAUUUUGCAAAGCCAACAUUCCUAGGAGCUGCUUGUGGUCCUGCAGCAAAUUCCAAACCACCAGUUCAAUGCUUCACCGCAGUUCAGUUCCCGCACCCUGCCAACAUCAUCUGCGCGUCCCCUUUGGGUGUAGAUGCAAAAGCCAUAUAUUGUACUCAGCCUUUUUCUAUAGCUAGUUACUCGACAGUUGGCUUUUAACUCAUGAUCUUGAUAGAAAUAAGUGCACAGUUCUAUAGAUAUCUCUAUAUUCCAGGAAAGCAAAGCAAACUACAUUGAGAAGAGGAAAAAUUUAAAUAAAUAUAUUUUUUUAACAUGUCUGAGGAAAAGACAUAGCCAAAUGGAAAGUUACAGCAACACCAGGGCUGCGGGGUUUGCUUUCAUUGGGGUUUUUUUUUCCCUUCCUGAUUUCUCUUUUCUUUGGCUGUUUAGUCAUCUAGGUACAAGCAGAAGCCUUAGCUUACAGGCCGGGUCUCAUCUCUGAAUGGAUUUUGUAAGGAAUAGCUACAGUGUUUUUAACGCUUUCUUUAGCCAAUCAUUUGAGGUUUUCUAGGAGAUCAGACGCCUGUGUCCUGAUAGAGAAAGCAAUCUGGUUUCCCUUUCCUUCGUUUGUGGCGGUCCCGGGGCUGCCAACCUCUGUCAGAGCAAUCCUCAGGUUAAUGCCUAUUAAACGAGAGUUUUGUUGAUA